CGGAGCCGCGCGGCCGAUCCGGAGCGCCGGGGCCGUGGAGGGCGGGGGAGACACCGGGCACGGAGCCGCCGCCGCCGCUCCCCGCAGCCAGGCAGAGGCCAGGCCUUGUUUACUCGGACAGUCGCAGAAGUUGGUGGUGGACAUUGAAUCUCCAACCUCCCAAGAGACUGACCACGUGUGUGUUUUUGGAUGUGCCCCCACCUGUGAGCAGGGGAACCUGGGAAGAUGAGAAGAGGAAGCUGAAGCCCAGUUCCUGAGAGGCCAUGAUGAAGUUUCAGCCUGGUUCCAGGAUGUGAACGCAGUAGAUGGUGCUGAAGCAACUCUGAGGCUCCUCCUGUGAAAUAUCCACAGUCCAGUGUAUAGAGAAAGUGCUUGCUGGCUCUCCCAAGUGUUGACGGUCCUGUGUCUUCAAGAGAUGCAUACUAGGACAAGAAAACACUGACUCAUUUGGUUUUGUGAAUAAUCAAGAUCCCGGUCCACUACUUUGGAAAAUUCUGCUGGUAGCAUGAUGGAAUUGGUGGGAUAGUGUCACUUUCUGGAGCUGAGAGGAAAAGCAAAAUGUCCAUGUUAGGUUUUUUAGAAAAUCCAUUAUAAAGUUUGGCAUUUGAAGUCUGCAUUACUUGAAGUCAUUUUGUAAUUUUUUCCUACUUUUUACUACUGUGAGCAGUAACAUAAAGACUAAUGUAAGGUCUUGAGUGGAAACUUAUCUAAGUUGUAAAAAUGGGAAGAAUUUUUUUGGAUCACAUUGGUGGCACUCGCCUGUUCUCCUGCGCAAACUGCGACACGAUCCUGACCAACCGCUCCGAGCUCAUCUCCACUCGCUUUACAGGGGCCACAGGGAGGGCCUUUCUUUUUAACAAGGUGGUCAACCUGCAGUACAGCGAAGUUCAGGAUCGGGUCAUGCUCACCGGCCGCCACAUGGUGCGGGACGUGAGCUGCAAGAACUGCAACAGCAAACUGGGCUGGAUCUAUGAGUUUGCCACCGAGGACAGCCAGCGCUACAAGGAGGGCCGCGUCAUCCUGGAGCGGGCCUUGGUGCGGGAGAGCGAGGGCUUCGAGGAGCACGUUCCAUCCGACAAUUCCUGAAGAGGCCCCGGUCUCUGCUCAGGUUCUCUUCAAUUGAAACUCCAAUGUAAUAAAAUCAACAAAAAAAUCUGCUUACAUACACUGUCACCUUAGCAUCAGAGUCGGAUUCAUGGACUACAAAGUGGGAAAGAUUGUGAGAAUAUUUCAGAUGGAACCUUACUUUCUUUAUUCCUUUUAUAUUUUACUUUCCCUCCAGCAGCUGUUUGUAGAAAGAAUGUUGUGCAGAUGCUGUAACUUCUUCUCUCUUUCAUUUACAUCUGUUAGAUUUGAGAUUGUAUCUUAAGGUACAGUGGGCUAAAGGAAAAUAUUUGCAGGAUUUUUCUUUUGUUGGAGAGAAAUUCAGUGAGAGGUUGGUUUUUUUUUUUUUAGUUUGCACGAACUGAUGUCAGCAUCAAGUUAUUUUAAAACUACAGAUGUUUUUUUAAAAGUAUAUUCCAACUUUUGGCUUAAGUUUUUAGUUAGAUUUUUGGUUUUUUGGGGGUUUUUUUACCCAGCCUUUUCACCUGGUUUGCUGGCUAAAGUGAAGAGAUCCGAAUUUGUGCUGAGUGCUAAAGGUUCAGUGUUGGUACAGCUUGGGCUGGCCCAUGUGCCAUAUUCUUGUUGAGGUUGAUUGGUAGCACAGAGCCCAUUAUUUCUUGUCAUUCUUGACCCAAAGAUGUCACCAUUCCUUGUUUAUUCGUGAAGUCCCAUUCACCAUGUAAACUGGUGUUGAUUGGAAACUAUCCUUGAAAUAGGGUGAAACUGCUUGGCUUUUUUUAACUUUAACAGAUGUAACUUAUGAGCAUAGUAAUAAUAUAAAGUAAUAGCUGUCUGUUUAGUCUUGCAUUGCUUACAAAUCCAGCUGUGUUUGUAAUGAUAGGGAUCCCCUGAGAAACUACUGUUUCAGUAGUCAUUUUUUUUUCGUUUCUCUACUAAUCUCAUUAAGUUAGACAGGGAAUUGCAAAUCUUAAUUCUUCUUCAAGUAGCUUUCUUUAAACCCAGAACUUCCUAUGUUAAACACAGCUGCUGUGUAAAAGGAGAAGAUUGCCAGCACGUUUGUUCAUGCGUAGAGUUAUGCAAUCUGCAUCUCUUGAAAAGAUUAACUUAAACAGCUUGUUUUCAAAUGCUGCUUCUGGUGUUGAAACCUUUAUCUUUCAACUUUGUUGAACGUUUUCAUUGUGGUGUUAUGUUUUUAUCUUUCUGGGCAGCAGUACAUGUCAGCCUAGUAGUAACUAGUGACUUGGAUUCCUGCUUUGUUCUUGUAGAGGUCAGCUCUGUUUAAAACAGUGAUCUUGCUUGCCUUUUUUAGCAAAAAUGCUGUUCAUUAACUUAACUCAAGGGUGCCCAAACUAUUUCAUUGUGUCUUAAGCCAUAAGUCAGGAUCUCAAGGGCUGAAAUUUAUUUGAAUGUUAGAUAUGUAUGAUUUCUUACCCAAGAUAUGAGUUGGUUGUGGUUUUUUUUCUUAUUGGAUAAAUUGUGGUCAAAGUGAAUUAAGUUACCCACAGACGUAGGAAGCGAGGGGAACCCCACCCAGCCAAAUGGAUCUGGGUUCUGACCUUUCAGAGUAACUUUUCUUCUGUAGACACAGCUCCAUAUCUGAAACUAAGAUGUGGAGGGUGACUAUGCAGAGUAUUUUUCUUAAUUUUUUUUUUUUUUGGUUGCCAAGUGGCAAGUUGGACACCCCUGACUUGAAUCUACUGCCUCUUUCAUGUCAAGGUAGCUUUGUUCUAGAAAUGUCACAUAGAAAGAAAACAGAGUAGAUCACAUACCAGAGCUGUGCUUGAAUCAAGCUGCUUAAACAAUAGUGUACUUGUGCCUCAAAUGAAUCAGUUUUUGCACUGAGUACAGUAGUACCCCAUUAUCUUGUACUUCUGUCCUUCACAGGCCCUGGAAGCGCCAUUAGCAUGGUUCUCUGCAGUACUUUUCUUGUACUUCUGACAUUACAGUACAAUAAAGUAUGUUUUGUCCUGAACUGA